CACACACACGCACACAGACAACAGCAGGAUGCGUGAGAGGGAGAGAGGACCACUCAGCAUUGGGCUGACUCGGAUAUAAGACUCCGCCUGGAAGAUUUUCCCUCUCCUGUUUUUACCCCCCUCCCCUUCCCCCUCCCUUCCUCCCCCCACGCCGUUCAGCUCCAGCUUCAGGUGGAUCCUCCGGGCAUGCUCCUUAAGCCAAAGUAUGACCGCUUUCGCAACGAGUCAGUGACCUCUUCCGAUGACCUGAUGCAGAGCCUAGCCAUGAGCGGCAAAGUUGUGGCCACCCCGGUGGCCCCCUCCCCCGCCCCCGGCCUCCCCAUGCCUCCUCCGGACCCCGGGUCCUCGGCGGGGGCCGCCGGACUGGCCGACUCCCCCUGCCUGGAUGGAGAGCAGGACGGCGCCACCACCUUCUGCAUGCUCAUCCCCAAGAUGCCGCAGUGGAAGUUCUCCAACUCCUUGCUCAGUCGGAGCCCCUCCAACUCCAGCUCCAGCUCCAGCUCCAGCAAGGACUCGGGGAAAGCGCCCCCCCAAGCGUCCCCUUCGUCUUCUUCCUCGUCCCCGCACAGGCACAGCGUCGCAUCCUCAGCCAGCGGCCCCGUGGCCAGCCUGGCGGCGGUGCUCAACUCCUGUGACCCGGUGUGCGUCACCCCGUGUUCUCUGCAGGCCAUUCGGGGGCAGAGAGUCACGGCCAACUCUGGCGGGCACGCAUUUGGGGAGGUCACGGCCAGCCCCGGGGGACACGGCGGCUCCAGGUCGGGGAUGAGUCGCAGGACGAGGGCGGAGGGCAUGUGGCCCGGCGGGGAGGACCUGGGCCAGAAGGGCAGCUUCAUCCAUAAACCCUCCCAAGGGUGGCUGCACCCGGACAAGAAGAUCGCAGGACCAGGAGCCUCCUACAUCGUCAGGUACAUGGGCUGCAUUGAAGUGCUCAAGUCUAUGCGCUCCCUGGACUUCACCACGCGCACUCAGGUGACCAGGGAGGCCAUUAACAGGCUGUGUGAUGCUGUGCCGGGUGGAAGGGGCGCUUGGAGGAAAAAGGCCGUGAACAAAGCGCUUCAGUCCAUCAUGGGGAAGAGCAACCUGCGCUUCGCCGGUAUGAGCAUCGCAGUCAAUAUUUCCAUCGACGGGCUCGGCCUGCUCAUUCCGACCACGCGCCAGAUGUUAGCACACCACCCCAUGCAGUCCAUCUCCUUUGCUUCUGGUGGAGACACAGACACACCUGAUUACGUUGCAUACGUGGCCAAAGACCCGGUCAAUCAGAGAGCGUGUCAUAUUCUGGAGUGCUCUGACGGUCUGGCCCAGAGUGUCAUCAGCACCAUUGGCCAAGCCUUUGAGCUGCAGUUCAAGCAGUAUCUGCACAGCCCACCCAAGACAUCACUGGAGAGGCCCUUCAGGACGGAGGAGCCGGCGUGGGCGGAGGAGGACGACUUUUCAGAGCACGACUACUACAACAGCAUCCCAGGCAAGGAGCCUCCUGUCGGGGGAGUGGUGGACACGAGACUCCGGCCCAGUAAAUCCCAGCAGGGUCACAUCCUGGCACAACCACAGGGCAAGGCCGUGGCGCAGAUGGGCUCACCAGCAAAAAGGGAGCAAGCGGCUUUCCACGCUAGCCAGCUUUGCUAUGAACUUCACUGGGACACUGAUGCGACUAGUAGCUCAGAUGGGUACCUGUGUGCUGACGGCCAAGCGCAGAGCAGCAAGGACUACGAGGAGCACCAGUACGUCAACACACAGAGCUUGGACAACUUGGAUCCUUUGGCUCUGGGCCCCGAUGGACAGCGAGGGCUCAGGGGGCCGGACAGUCCCAAGAAGGACCUUUUUGACAUGAGACCUUUUGAGGAUGCCCUAAAGCUGCACGAGGCUGGCUCUGGUGUCCCUGCGGCUGAAGGCGGGGGCGUCCAGGUCCUGGAGGACCAGUGGCCCAGUCCUCCACGGCGCAGGGCCCCGGUGGCCCCAAAUGAGGAUCAGCUCCGACGGGAGAGCUGGUACCACAGCCGCAUGAGCCGGCGAGAUGCCGAGAAACUGUUAGUCCGAGACGGAGACUUCCUGGUCCGGGAGAGCACCACCAACCCGGGCCAGUACGUGCUGACUGGCAUGCACUGUGGCCUCCCAAAACAUCUCCUGCUGGUGGACCCUGAGGGCGUGGUGCGCACCAAAGACAUGCUGUUUGAGAGCAUCAGCCACCUGAUCUCAUACCACCUGAAGAACCAGCUGCCCAUUGUGGCGGCCGAGAGCGAGCUCCACCUCAAACAGGUGGUCCGCAGGAAACAAUAGCGAGCCAUCUGCACCGUUCCCGCUUUUGGAACCUGAUCGGGACUUUGUGCAAAGCAAAGCGGGUGUUUAUUCCAAGUGGACGCUUCCCUUACAUAGCAAAGGAAGGACAAUGAGAUGUCACUUAAGUACUUUUUCUGCCUUUUGGAUUCUCAUGUGAAGAAAAAGUGUCCCCGGUUCUGUCCACAACCCCCCAGCAUGCAGCUGUUAAGCUAAGCAAAACACCAAGCCGAGGUGUCAGACAACCAUGAGGACGUCCAGGAUGCCCUGCAGAGCGACGAAUGUCACAGCGGUCGAACAGGACAAAACACACGCUGUGCUUCAUUUCAACCGCUGGGAGUAAAACAGACGUUACACGUGGACGCCCUUCUCAUGUGAGCAAAAGCACCGAAGCCAGUCACCAUACACACAACAUGUACAGUACAGUACAGUACAGUACAGUACAGUACAUGGACUCGCUGACCACAGCCUUUCCAAAGAUAAUAAUGCUCUAUGAGAUGUUCAUUUAACAAUAGUCUUAGCAUUCCAUACUCAAUGAUUCAUAUCACAUACAGAUCAUAACAGAAAGCAUCAUUUGAAUAAUUACUACCAACUACAACAGAAUAUUUGGACAGUUCAAAUAUUGUAAAAUCUUACAAAAAAAAAAAUAGACUAGAAAAGCACUCAAAGCAUACACACCUCCGCCAAGCACCAUAGUCCCCCCUCCCCAUACUGUGAUUCACCACAUAAAUAUUAGUCCUACAUUGAUUUGAUCUCCAUAUUUAGAUUCCUUGACCAUGAAAACAUACCAUAGAUGGUGCUAAGUGUUUGUCGACGUGCCUACCUCUGAAAAUGCUAAAAAUGUUACUAUAAUUUUGUUAGCAUGCUAAUAUGCUAAUGUUAUCAUGCUAACACCUAGCAUAAUAGUGCUAAGUAUCUGCUUGAGUUCAUAUUCAUGAAAAUCGCAAAAAAUGCUACUAUGCUAAUGUUAGCAUAUUAACACCUAGCAUGAUAGUGCUAAGUGUUCAUAUGGCUACCCGUGAAAACAGCUAGAAAUGUUGCUAUGCUAAUACUAGCAUGAUAGCAAUGCUAACAUUAGCAUACUAACACAUAGCAUGAUGGUGUUUAUAUAUGUGUCUACCCAUGAAAAUAGCACAACCCCCCCCCUGGCCCCCCCCCCGCUACUAACGCUAAAGUUAGAAUGUCAGCAUUGCUAUGAUGCUAAUAUAAGCAUCAUAGCAAUGCUAACAUCUAGCAUGAUAGUGGUAAGUGUUUAUAUAUGUGUCUACCCAUGAAAAUAGCAAAAAUAAUGCUGCCAACACCUAGCAUGUUAGCGCAAUUUACCGGGAAGGCUAAAUGUCUGGAACAAGCGCUCUGACCAUUUGUUUUUGUGGAGUUACAUACACAAAUGCCGAAAAUGGUCCUAUUUAAAAUCCUGUAAAAAUACCUGGAUCCAGACAGUCAUCCGGAUCACCCCCAAAAUGUAAUCAGUUCUUCCAUAUCCCAUUUCCGACAAUUCCUGAAGAUUAUGGCUAAACACUGGCAAAAACAUAACCUUCACGCUGCGCUUAAGGUUUGCGCUGCGCUUGGCGGAGGUAAUAAAAUGUUCAUUUAAAAAUAUUAAAUAUUACGUAAUUUUACUUUAUUUGACAAUAAUUAUAUUAUCUUCAAAUUCAUGAUUUUAAUAUUUCAACUUAAAAAAUGUGAAACAAUUUGAGAUGGAUAGUAUGACUGUAAAUGACAGUCACUCAAUUACAAAACAUUGUAGAAUUGUAUAGUGAUAGUCUUUUAAUAUUUGACUAUUAUUCAUAAUAUUUUAAUACAGUUCUCUUUUGGCUGUCAUUAAAAUGUUGAAAUGAUAUGUAAAAAUAUGCAGAAGUGAUAGUAAGAAUUCACGUAGGGAUGAUGUCAUAUUUAACGGUUGCAGUUGCACAAACUGCAUUCAUAUUGUUCAACCAAUACAGUCGUACCUUUGCACGUUUACGCAAAUUUGACUUAUUGUUGGCCUAAAUGAAGCAUUUUCAAGCAUAGAAACAAACUAAAAUCCACGUACAUACAGCACAUGAUUAGAGCCCUGUAGACAUGUUUACGGGAUCACUGCAGGGACUUAACGCAUGGCCGGCACUAGCAUAGCAAGCUAGCCAGCUUGGUGUCCUUGAGACGGUUCAACCGAGCACAAAAGGAUCUCAAAGACAGAUUUGCAGAUCAUCUGCAAAUCCAUGGAGUGUAACAUAGCAUUUUCAAAUAACAGCAACAUACACAUGCAAACAAGGCUGGGCCCAGAAUGGAGCCUUGAGGCACGCCACGACCAAGAGCCACUUUUGAAUUGCCGCCACUGGAGAAGCGCUCCUGUAAGACCUCCAUGGAGCGCAUACAGGAGGAAGUCAUGCUCCGCUGUUGAAGUAGCUUCAGUCAAACAAGUACAUGCAAACGUGGGAGUUACUUUCUCUGAUGACAGGAUGUCUAUUGGGUAUUAAGAGUGGAAGGGUGACUGUAGGGGUGUUAUUUCAUGUCCAGAGGGCUCUAAUGGUGUUAAAAAGCGUAUUUAGAAGGUCCUACGUAGCUUGUCUAUGCUCCACCUACAACGAUAUUGUGGAACCAAUUAAACGAGGGAUUGCUUGAGCAUCGAGCCUUAUUAUCUUGGUAACGGCAGACGCAGGUGUACCUAAUCAAGUGGCCAGUGAGCGUCCCGCCUCCCUCGACCGAGGUGAGGGGAGGUGAGUUUUAAGUUGCAUAUUGGACAGACAGGCGGACUUCCGGCCGGUUUAGGGACCGUGGUGAAAUGAAGUAGUUCAUGGCACGUAUCGGAAGUUUCAGUCGUCGAUAUCUUGGUGGUCAUGUGACCUGGGACCCCCAAACCACUCUACCAACGGUUGCUGAUCAUAUGUACUACAUCAGCGCCGGCUGACUAAACAGCUGCUGCGUGAGCUUCGGAUCCCGGGGACGAGCUGCCAAACUGUCUGGAUGUGGAACGUCCUCCCCCGGACCCCCCCUCAGCAUGUCCCAAACUUCAGUGCCUUAACAACCACAAGGACAGGCCUCUCGUGUACAGUUGUAGCGUGUGUCAAUGUUGCCAUGCCAACGAAAGCGUGUCUGCUUAGAAACCGCUGGGAAAGCUGCUCCUCUUAGCCCAAACGACGCCACAUCUUCUCGUAUUGUAUUGUCGUAUUGUCGUAUUGUCUCGCCACACGUCCGACUUUCAUCAGGGAAACUUAGGUUACGUUGCACAGUCAGCGUACAGUGGAAGCCGCUUAUCUUGUCCCUUCCACCCUGUUUUGGGUUUUUACGUAAAAUGUGGUCGUUGCAGUUUUGAGAACUUGAACUUGAACUUGAUCAUCCAACAGCAACAAAGCCCCCGACCACCUCCACUGCAUUCAAAACGCACACGGUUCUUAGUUUUGGGGUUUUUAGAUCAGUUUAGCCGCCCGAAGAAAGACAGAUGAAGACUUCACUGUCAUUGUGUCCCAAGACGUACAGCAGUGGUGUCCAAAGUGCAGCCCGGGAGCCAUUUGCGGCCUGCGGCUGCUCUGUCCAAGUGGUCCGCGACACAUUCCAAAAAUUGAAUUGGAAAAUUCAAACAGCAAAAAAUGGAAAAAUCAGAAGUAAUUUUACAAGAAAAAAGUAAUCUCGCAAAAAGUCGGCAUUUUAGGCAGAAUAACGUUGUAAUAUUGAAAAAGCCUGUUUUUUAUUGGUCCGUCAGAUAUUCUAAAAAUAUCUAACAAAAAUACUGCAAAAAUGGAAGAAUCCAAAGUAAUCAAACGAGAAAUGAAAGUGACAUUUUAGCAGAAAAAGGUCAUAACAUUAUGACAAAAACGUCAUUUUCGUAGCAUAAAGUUGGAAUAUUAGAAAAACAAGGUGACAUGUUCUAAAAAUAUCAUUUAACAAGAAGAAAACAGACUAAUGGAAAACUCAGACGUCUUUUUACAAUAAAGUCAAAAUAUUACGAGAAAAAAGUAGCAAAGGAAUGAAAAUAAGUCAUCACGUAAUUUAUGAAAAAAAAACAUCAUUUUGGUUGCAUAAAGCUGAAGUGUUACAGAAAAAAGUCCUUCAUGUGAGAAACAACCAUUUUUACGAACUAAAGCAGUAAUCUAACGACAAAAAGAUGCUAAUGUCAUCUUUUCAGUAGAAGAUUACAGAAAAAAGACUUUUUUUAUUGGUCCGUGAGACAUUCUAACAAGAAAACUUUAAAAGUUGGGCGUCAUUUUGCAACAAUAAGGCCAAAAGAGAAAAAAAGGUUGUCGAAUGAGAAAGAAGAAUGACGUAAUAUUAUGAUAAAACAGACAUUUUAGGAGCAUAAAGCUGAAAUGUUAAAGUAAAAAUAGGUGACUAAAUCCUAGUAUUGUGAAAAACAACAUCUUUUGGAAAAUGAGGAUGAGGUUGCGGAAAAAAGUUUGAGUGAGUAAAGUCAGAAUAUCACAAGACGAAAGUUGAAAUAGUUGGAUCAUUAAAAACAGCAGCAGAAGUACGAGAAAGAAGUCAAACAUGAAGAAAAAACAUAAAAUAUCAUUGAACAAGAAAACUUUAAAAAAAACAGCAAAAAUGGAAAUAUCAGAAGUCAUUUUACGAGAUUCAAGUCAAAACGUUCAGAGAAAAUAGUAAUGAGAAAACGCUGUGUCAUGAAAAGAAACAUUUUAGUAGCGUAACAUUGAAAUAUUUGUUUUAAAGUCCUAAUAUGAUGACAAACAACCACAAAUGUUAGCUUGCAGAAAAGGUUAAGUCAAAAUAUUAAGAAAAGAAAGUUGAAAUUAAAAAAAUGGACAAUUUAAAAACAACAACAGCAGCGGAAAUGAAAAAAAAACAGCUGUCAUUUUGCAACAAAGUCAAAACAUGAAGAGGAAAAAGUCUGCGACAUGUUCUAAAAACAUCAUUUAACUAGAAAACUAAAAAAAAAGUCAUUUUUGUACAAGGAAAAGUGAAAAUAUGAAGAGAAAAUGUAAUAUGAAAAAACUCAUUUUAGUAGCAUCAAGUUGAAAUAUUACAUUUAAUUCCAAAUAUGAUGGAGAAAAAACAACCAAAUAAGUUGCAAUUUUGAAAAUUAGGUUGCAAAAAAAGUCAAAAUGUUACAAUAAGAAAGUUCAAAUAGUUGGACAAUUAAAAAAACAAACAGCCGAAAUGGAAAAAAAUGACAAAAAAUAAGGUGAAAUUAUGGAGAAAAAUGUUGUAUUCCAUUUGAUGAGAAUAAACUGUUAAAAUAUUUUCAGGUCAUUUUAGGAGCAUAAAGGUGAAAUAUGCAAGAAAAAAUGUUACUUUUUAGAAUCGGAAUAUUAUGACAUCAAUCCAAAACAAAAUAAAGCCCUAAUUUUUGGAAAUUUAGGUUAAGAAAAAAAGUUCUAAUGUGGGAAUAAAGUCAUAAAAGUUGAAAUAUUUGGGGGAAAAAACAGCAAAAAUGGGUCAAAAAAGAGAGAAGAGUGAAGUUGAUGAGAAUGAUAGGCUCAUACCUCACGCAUGACAAAGCUCACGUGCACUUUGUUCUUACAAAGUGGCAAAGUUGCAUCCUUUCAUUUUUCGCUUUGUGGACUUCGCUGGGAAAAAGUAUGAAGUAAAGACAAGCAUGUGAAUAAAAAGAUGCACUAAGGGGUUGGC